AUGGGUGACUUGAGUUGCACCCCCCCAUUUUUGCUCUACCCUUCUGUGUUUCUCAUCCUCUUCUUCUCAUUCAUCAACCAUCACUUCCACUUCUUCUUUGCACCUCCUUUGUUUUCACUUUCCAUUAACACGCAGGGUUCUGAUGAAAACCCACAAGUUUCCCUCUCUCAAAUUCCAAUUCCAACUAGAGAUUUCUACAAUGGAAGCAGAAGAAACUCCACUAGUUCAAGCAGUACUUUGCAUGCAAUGAGUCGUUCUGAGAGAAUAGAGAAGAAAUUGGCAAGAGCUCGGUUGGCGAUAAGGCAAGCAGCUCGAUCACGAAGCUAUGGUUCCUACAGUACCAGGGAGGAUUUUUUCCCCAGAGGGCCACUCUACAUAAAUCCUUAUGCCUUUUAUCAGAGCCAUAAAGAGAUGUUGAAGGGAUUGAGAGUGUGGGCAUACAAGGAAGGAGAGCCGCCCCUAUUUCACGCGGGGCCAAUGAGCAGCAUAUACUCGAUCGAAGGGCAAUUCAUGGAAGAAAUGGAAAGUGGAAAGAGUUCGUUUUCAGCUACGAACCCUGAUGAGGCUACUGCUUUUUUCCUUCCUGUUAGUGUUGUCAAUAUCAUCCAAUACGUCUACAGGCCUUACACCACUUAUUCCCGUCUACGUCUUCAGAACAUUGUCAUCGACUACAUUGCUUCCAUCUCAAACAAAUACCCUUUUUGGAACACAAGCAGAGGUGCCGACCAUUUUCUGCUGUCUUGUCAUGACUGGGCACCAGAGGUUUCAGCUACCGACCCUAAGCUUUUCAAACACUUCAUUAGGGUUCUAUGCAAUGCCAACUCUUCAGAAGGGUUCCAACCGGUGAGAGACGUCUCCAUACCCGAAGUUCAAAUCCAUGGACAUUUAUUGCACCCACCAAGCUUUGGCCAGCCCAAGAAAAACCGUUCUAUCUUCGCCUUUUUUGCCGGCGGCGACCACGGGUACGUAAGGAAGAUGCUGUUUAGGCACUGGAAAGGCAAAGACGCUAGCAUCCAAGUGCACGAAUAUCUCCCGAAGACCUUAAAUUACUCCGAGUUGAUGGGUCAAAGUAGGUUUUGCUUGUGCCCUAGCGGGUACGAGGUUGCAAGCCCUAGAGUGGUUGAUUCCAUACAUGCCGGAUGUGUCCCGGUGAUCAUCUCCGAUAAUUAUGUGCUGCCAUUCAGUGAUGUUCUCAAUUGGAGCCAAUUUUCCGUUCAUAUUCCGGUUGCAAAGAUACCUGAAAUGAAGAAAAUUUUACAAGAAAUUCCGGUGGAUGAGUAUGUAGCAAAGCAAAAGAGGGUUAUCCAGGUGCGAAGGCAUUUUGUGCUCAAUAGGCCGGCUAAGCCAUAUGAUUUAAUUCACAUGAUCAUGCAUUCUGUGUGGCUCAGGAGGCUUAAUACGAGGUACCCAUCGUGA